AGCGGACCCAAGGGCAGCUAGCCGGGUAGCACGACGAAUGACCAGGUUUUGUUUUUCUCUCUCAGUGUGAACACGUUCAGCUCUCGGUGAUGUUCAGGGGUCCACGAAUACCGGUUUGUGCUUGUAACUUAAGGUCACUGCAGCUGUCAAAAGAAUUCCACCUUUUCUCUAAAGACAUUGACUCAACAUGUUUGGAAGCUAGACACAUUCAUGCCAGAAGACAUGAUAGACAUGAUCAAAACCAUGAAAAAGACACUAUGACUUUAUGCUGUUCAUCUCAACCGACGUCUUUCAGCACAGACAGUGAGAAUUAUCAGCUGGAAGGCCUUAUAUCUGAAACCCCCAUUUCCAAAGCCAUUCUGAAAAGCCAUUAUCAUCAGCAUCAGGUCUCUGCCAAAACCAAAGCAUGUUAUGUUUUAAGUACUUUCUGGCACUGUUUAUUCAACAGGACUUCCUGGCCUUUGGAUCUUAGCCUGGCUACAACUUAUGUUAUGCCAGCACUUAAUCCCCGGAUUUCAAAUCGGUUCCACUGUCGAGCACAAACCCACUAUCACUCCAUCUAUCAAAUCAGAACUGUCCAUCAGGCUGUCCCUCAUGUAAAAGAUACCUGGAAGGAUUGCCUGUCCCCUGAGAACGAAAACAGAUGCCGACAGAUCCUGCAGGCCAACUGGAAGCACUACGACAUGGAGAAAGUGAGACAAGGGGCCGGCCAGGCUCAAGGAAACAACAAAGGGAAGUGGGCUUCCAUCUUGGUUUCCCUCUGCUACGAUAAAGGAGGGCCGGCGUUUCUGUUUACUCUGCGUUCCUGUACACUGAAGGGCAAGCACAAAGGAGACGUCAGCUUUGCUGGAGGAAAGGGUGAUCCAUCAGACAGAGAUGUAGUGGCCACUGCAUUGCGGGAAGCCAGAGAGGAGCUGGGAGUUACUAUUCCAGCUGAAAAUGUCUGGGGUGUCAUGAAACCUCUGAGGGACACAUCAGGGAUGAUGAUUGCUCCAGUGUUGGCUAACCUUGGUCCUCUUGAGGAGUUAGCAUUCAAACCAAACCCAGAGGAGGUGGACGAGAUCUUCACCUUGUCCUUGUCACACCUGUCCAAUCCCCAGAAUCGCGGCUACACAAACUUUCGUACUGGCAACAAGUAUGGAUACACACUACCAGUGUUUCGUAAUGGCAAACACCGAGUAUGGGGUCUGACUGCAGUCGCUCUGGACCAUACUCUCAAACUUCUUAUACCUCCAUAUGGAUCUGUUACUGAGGUUUUCAAUGGCUGAAUGCUUCUUUUAUGUAGCAGACAUCAAUAAUCAGUGAAGAAAAUCUGGAUUUCUUCCAGCCAGUCUAAUGUUUAAUAAUCCAGUUGUGUUUAUUAACGUGUUAGGAGACAGAUCUUUUCUCCUAUGCAUUUGAUGAUUAUAUAUUAUAAUCUGUUAUGAAAAAUCAAGACAAGUCAGAUUUUUUGACCUUACUGAAAGGCAUUGUUGAAGCUUUUCUUCUGUUUUUUUUUUUCAAUUAAUAAAGUGAAGGAGAAUAUUUAA